GUUGAGGUUUACCCAUGUUGACAAUUACAGGCCUCCUCAAUCUUUUCAAGUAGGAGAACAAUUGCACAAUUGGUGGUUGACUAAAUACUCAUUUGCCCUACUGUAUGAGUCUGGUAAGGGAUUUCAAAAGCUCUCAAAAGAAUAUAAAAUCAGCCAUUCCACUGUCCAGAAAAUGGUCUUCAAGUGGAGGACAUUCAAAAUAACUGCCAACUUGCCCAGGUCUGGCCGUCCAAGCAAGUUCACCCUGAGAGCAGAUUGCAAGAUGCUAAAAGGAAGUCUCCAAAAACCCUAAAAUGUCAUCACAGGGCCAACAGCAGGCUCUUGCUGCUGUUGAUGUGAAAAUGCCUCUACAAUCAGGGACUUGACAAGUUUAACCUUCAUGAGAGGUGUGCAAGGAGGAAAUCUUUACUCUCUAAGAAGAACAUGAAGGCCACUCUGAAGUUUGCCAGAGUGAAGCGUGUGCUCGCCCUGGCCGUUCGACCAGAACACUCGGUAUUGAAGAGAAGAAAAAGCUUUUUUAGGCAGUCUUAGCCGAAAUGUCAGGGCUUUGUGCACUCAUCAGGAGUCGAAAAGUAUUUUAAAUUGACACACAGAAUUUUGUAAAGUACAUAUAAGAGGAUGCUCGCCAUGUAAGCGCUAAUGCGAAUGCUAUGCUAAUGCUACGAAAUAUGCCACCACUCAAUAGAUUUCAGAGGUAUUGGAUCGGUACUCUUUAUGAACCAAUCCUUAAAUCAGGUGACUUGGACUUGUAUACAAAAAUAUGUGAUUGAGACAUCCCUAAUCGAGACGUGUUAGAUUGACGGUGAGAGCCGUCCAAUCCAUUUGGACUGGGAGACCAUUUGCAGAACACGUGUUGAAUUAUGUAUUUACACUCACACACACCAACACGCAGUCAUACACACAUGAGUAUCACUUCAGCUAUAUUUAGUGGAAGUGACAGGUGACCGGGGCCCACGUGACUGGAGGCCACGGGAGUGUCCUGUCAGUCCAGACUUGUCGGGAUCAGGACCACUUGGGCGUCGCGCCUCCUAAAGCCAGCUGGUCUGGCUUGCCGGCUUUUUGGAGCUAAGGAAUCGAACAGGGAACCCGCAGGAGCCGCUUUUGGGCCAAGACCGCGCCACGGUGCCGCUGGACGGACACUCGGAAACGAGCACGGACUUGUGGCGGGAAAGUGAUGCUGUUCUAAGACGUGAACAGUGAGCGGAGACCUCAAGGAAAGGAAACUGAGAAUUGGAACAUCCAAAAUGGGCAGGAAGAAGAUUCAGAUCGCUCGCAUUGUGGAUGAGCGCAACAGACACGUGACCUUCACCAAGCGCAAGUUCGGCCUGAUGAAGAAGGCGUACGAGUUGAGUGUUCUCUGCGACUGUGAGAUCGCGCUCAUCAUCUUCAACGGCGGAAACAAACUCUUCCAGUAUGCCAGCACUGACAUGGACAAGGUGCUGCUCAAGUACACAGAGUACAACGAACCGCACGAGAGCAGGACCAACGCCGACAUCGUCGACACGUUGCGCAAGAAGGGCCUAAGCGGUAGCGACAUGGAGGCGGACGACUCUGCGGGUCAGAGCCCCGACACGGAUGACAAGUAUCCCAAAAUGGCCGAUGACGUGGACCUGAUGCUCAACAGGCAGCGCCUCUGCGCUCUGCCCACCUACGACCUGGGCGUCGAUGCCUCCCCGCUGCUGUACUCGCACGACGCCGGCGACCGCGGCCUUCUGGCAGUGCAGCAGAGGAUGUCGCCCCGGCGGCCCGCCGACGCGGGCCAGUUGGGGCCCGAGCCGCUGAACGGCGCGUACGGCGAUCGCUGCACCUCCCCCGCCACAGCCUCACCAUCGAGGAGCAUCCGGGACAAAAUUCCACCCGUGAGUGGCGGCAGCGGGCGCGAGCCUGACCUCCGGCCACUUAUGCCGCCCACCAUUGUGAGUGUGAAUAAAAAAACAGCCCGAAUGCGAGUGCUUUUCAAACCGCUAACCCCCGGCUGCGUUUUACUCACUAACGCCCUCUGGUGUGAGGACUUUGAUCUGUUAUCGAACGCUCGGCUCAACCGCUCUCAGUCUGCGCAGACCCUGUCCAGUCCGUCCGGAUUCCCGUCCUCGUUGUCCUCUUACGACGCAGAUUUCUCACUGGGCGGCGAGCUCUCUUCCUUGACGGCGUUCGGCUCCGUCGGCGGCUGGCAGCGGCACGAGCAUGUCCACGACCUGCAGAACCUUCCGCUCAGUCACAUGGGGAACGUGAACGCCACCCUCAACUUCCCACCGGGCCAGCAGAACCUCCGCAUCAAGUCUGAGCCGGCCUCGCCGAUCCGGGAGCGCGGCGCGGCCUCCGCUGUCUGUCCGGGCCGCGCCGGGGACUAUGUCCCGCGCCCGCCGUCCGAAGGCGACGGCCCAUCCAUCAAGCGCGUGCGGCUGACAGAGGGCUGGGCCGCGUGAUGACCUAGUAUUGCAGGAGUGUCAAACCCAUUUGGUCGUGGGCCACAUUGUCGCCACGGUCACGGCUGACCCAUAUAAAUUUUCAUCAGUUCAUUCGCCCCACCCAGUCAAACUGAAUUGGAUUGGAUGUCUAGUGCCGUCAAUGGCAGUUCAUGAAUAAAGUGCGUGACCCGAAAAGGGUUAAGCAACAGAGACAAUGAGCAGCAAGGCAAAUCACUCAAUCAUAAUUAGGGUUGGGCAUCGUUUAAAAUUUAGCGAUUCUGAUUCCACGUUUCGAUUCUGGUUCCGAACGAUUCCAAUUCUUUUAAGAGACAGGGUAAAAAAAAAAUUUGCAUAGUUUAUAUUAAAGUAGAGGUGUCAAACGAUUAAAAUUUUUAAUCGAGUUAAUUACAGCUUAAAAAUUUCGCAAUUCAAACCAUCUAUGAAAUAUGCCAUAUUUUUCUGUAAAUUAUUGUUGGAAUGGAAAGAUAAGACACAAGGUGGAUAUAUCCAUUCAACAUACGGUACUUAAGUACUGUAUUUCUUUAUUAUAACAAUAAAUCAACAAGAUGGCAUUCCCAUUAUUAACAUUGUUAAAGCGAUCCAUGGAUGGAAAGACUUGUAGUUCUUAAAAGAUAAAUGUUAGUACAAGUUAUAGAAAUUUUAUAUUAAAACCCCUCUUCAUGUUUUUGUUUUAAUAAAAUUUGUCAAAUUUUCAAUCAAAAAAUAAACUAGUAGCCUGCCAUUGUUGAUGUCAAUAAUUACUUACACAAUGCUCAUGGGUGCUGAAGCCUAUAAAAUCAGUCGCACCCAAGCGCCAGCAGAGGGCGGCAAAACGCCGAAAAACACAAGUACACAUUUCACUGUGCUGUCAUUUUAAUCUGUUUGAGCGGUGCAUUUGUGUCAAAUAUUUUAACGUGAUUAAUUUUAAAAAUUAAUUACCGCCCUUUAACGCGAUAAUUUUGACAGCCCUAUAUUAAAGUCUUGACUUCUCGACGAUUUUUAAAGUAAAUGAACUUCUCACAGGGGUCAUUUUAACUUGUAUAUAAAUACCAUGCUUUGAACUCAAGCAUUUUUUUCCCGCUCGGUGGUCAGGGCAUCGAAACAAAGAAUCAAAAUUUAAAAAUUCGAACGAUUCCGUGAGCAUCGGAACGUUAAAACCGGUUCCCAUCGAUGCUCGAUGCCCAACCCUAAUCAUAAUUCAUUUUUUGUUCGCAAUAACCCAAUCUGCUCCAAAUGAGCGUUGUGUCAUUCGUCUCUCCCAGUCAAAAUGAAUUGGACGUCAAGCGCCGUCAAUGGCAGGUAAACUCGGGCUGCCACGAUUAGUUGACUAGUUGAUUAGCAAUUGAAAUGUCAUUAAAAAUGGAAAUAAAAUAAUUUUCAUUUAUUGACAUAGUACCUUUAAAUGGCAGCCAAUUAGUUUUUAAAGAAAAAAGCUGUAUGAAAACGAGGUCCAACUUUUGACGAGUCAACGAAUGUUUGUCAUGGUAAACCUUUGACAAAAAACAAAAGUUAAGAGAACAUGCUUAGCCCAGACGGAAUCAGAUGGAGACAGGAAGUCAGCGAAGGAAGGCGAGGUGACAGGAAGAGGAAAUUGACGUGCGAUCGGAAGAAGUUUGAGAAAAAGAGGAAAAAAGUAGGCCGAAGCCAAUGAUUCAGUGUUUGCUUCUAGCUGUUAGCUUGUUGUGCGUUAGCGUUUAGCUUAGCAUUAGAGGACUGCAGGACAGUAAAGGCAGAAAAUAAGAAUCUUUGCUUUUUCUUGUGUUUAGUAGUUUAGCUGAGGGUAAUUCACAUUUGAAUAUUUUGCUGCUCAAAAAAUGUAUAUUUGGAGACCCCACCCUCAGCUUGUGUAAUUGAUACCCAACCGGUUCACCGUCCGAGAGAUUAAGGGCAGAGCCCGCAUAAAAAGUCUUUUUGGAAUUUCAUACACGCCAGAUAAAUAAACAAACGAAUAAAAUAAGCUG